GGGGGGGGGGGGGAGAUUUUUAUGAGAUGUGAUUCCAAAAACAUAAGCCUACAUCAAAAAUACAGCCCUUAUUAGUAAGUGCAUCUUUAAGUGUCUAUACAGUUAAUUUUCGUGACAGUGAGCAAAAUGCUACUCAUUACCGGUCGUCACUGACGUUUACAGUGUUAGUUUUACGAAUCCUUGUGGAAGGCUGCACUGACAUUAUUUGCGCCCAAGGGGGCAGUAUUUACCCUCAGGCUGAUCCAGCAGUCCAAACGAGCUGCAUAUCCUGGCAAUAAAUUCGAUCCAAACCAUUAAACAAAAACAAGUUUCUUUGAAUUUGAUUUACAUGGAAUUUCCCUCAGAUGUUUUAAUUUAAAAUUACUCUUAUAUGUCUAAUUUAAAGGGAACUGUACCUAAUGCAGUUGCUUUUUUCUUUUAAAAAGGGAGCAUCAAUUGUUGUGUUGCUGGACCCACCCCCAUAAUAUACAUGUUAAAUAUUUUCCCUCCUUGCUAUUAUUAUCUAGAUUAUCUGCAGUUAUGCAAAUGUAUAGUAAAAUAACCAGAAUUGUCAGGUCUGUACCUGGGCUGCGGUGAAACAGCUACGGUGUACUGAGGCUGCUGCUUCAGAAAGCGCUGUAGCCUUUGGCUUCACAGCGGCGGGGCGUUCAGCCAAUCAGACUCUUCUCAUCGUGUCUCCCUGCUUCUUAAUUGGCUGACACUGGCAGCAAGGGCAGCUGCUCCAUGCGUGGAGCCCGAUUUAUCAGCCAUUGAGCCUGCAUAGAAGAGAGGGAUAAAUAGAGAGGAGAGGCUCGCUGAGUGAGAACAAGGGAGAGACAGAGAGGAGAAGGAAAACGAGAGCAGGCCGACUGGUGCACAAGAAUCUGUGGCUGAAUUAUCAUCACCUGUAUCAAGAUCUUCACCGCCCGGCAAAGAUGAAUCACAGUUCCGGUGAGAAAGAGCCUGAGACCGUAGAAUCCCUGCGAUACCUCAGUAAAGUGGAGAUGGAAGUCCUUGUGACGGAGCUACUGAAGGACUAUCACUUUGGCCAGCAGCAGCUGAUCGAGAUAUGGGGUCAUGCCUGUGCCGUUGCCAUCACCAAGGCCUAUCCUCUAAGCUCUCUGAGCAAGAAACAGCCUACAGUGUUGGUUAUUUGUGGGCCAGAACAGAACGGCUCCAUCGGGCUGGUGUGUGCCCGGCAUCUGCGCAUAUUUGAGUACGAGCCCACUAUCUAUUAUCCCAAACGCUCCCCUCACAGCCUGCAUCAGGACUUCACUAUCCAGUGCGAGAAGAUGGACAUUCCCUUCCUCUCCUAUCUUCCCACAGAGGUACAGCUGAUAAACGAUGCCUAUAAUCUGGUGAUCGACUCCAUCCUGGGCCCAGAAACAGACCUUCAGGAUGUGAAAGAGCCCUACUCUGGAAUACUGGCCACCCUCAAGCAGGUGAAGAUCCCCAUUGCCAGUGUGGAUGUGCCAUCAGGUUGGGACUCGGACGAAGCGAGUACAGACGGGAUAAACCCAGAGGUUCUCAUUUCUUUGAUGGCUCCCAAAAAGUGCGCUACAAGUUUCUCGGGGAAGCACUUCUUGGCCGGACGGUUUCUUCCAUAUGACAUGCAGAAAAAAUAUGAACUCAAUCUGCCUGAAUUUCCAGGCACAGAGUGUUUUAUAGAACUGUAACUCUUCGUCAAAUAAGUUAAUAUUUUGGAUAAAUAUUAUGUAUAAUAUAUAUACACAUUUUGUAUUUUAUAGAUUGUUAUUGUGGUAUACUGUUGUUUAACAUUUGUGAACCGAGACUGUUGUAUUUGAUAAUGUGAUACAGAGGCUAUGCUUAGAUGCAGUGUGUAGCUAAGGUUUCCUUUUUUGUGUGCUUGAAAAUGAUUAAAAUCUUAAAAAUC